UCCACCAGAGAUGAAACUAAAACCAAGCAAAUGUGUUAGUAAAUCCUUAAAUAUACAGUAAUGAUGUUAAUGUUGUUCUUUUCUCUCGUGUUGCAGCCGACAUGAAAGAAUGUAAAUGUCAUUUGUUCGCCGACAGCAUGAACUGCUCCUGGAUCCCAAACCCCAAACGUGCUCCUCUGUCGCUCUCCUACAGGGAGUGUGGAUCAACGCUGAAGCUCAUUAAAAUGAACUUCACCAAAUGUCAGCGGACGAACCACAUCGGACCCAAACGAGUGUGUCACCUGACAGGAAACUUCCUCCAGAAAGACCUGUGCAUGGUCGCCGAGUCCCCCGACGCCCUCAGCACCUUCAGAGCCCCAAAAGCCGUGAAGCUUCCAGAAAAAAUGGAAAUAUCGGAAGAGGGGUCCAACCUGGUCUUGAAACUGAUGCCGUUAGACGUGGUGAUACCCAGUUCUGUUUACUACAUCUCUUAUUCAAUCUGCGACAAAAACUUGGACAUGGAGUAUCCGAUAGGAGAUCAAUCCAAAACAAUACCGUAUGAUAAAAGCUGCCAGUACAAGUUCCGGUACCAGGCCCGCUUCACUCGCUACAGCUUACAGUUCUACAGUGACUGGAGUGAGGAGUUCGUCUACGGUUCCACUGACAGGACCCUGACCGUGGUGGCCGUCGUGAUCCCCAUAAUCGUCUCCGUCUGCGUCAUUCUGUCCUGCGUCUGCUUCAGGAGAACUCCUUUUACCUUACGAACCCUCGCGGACCCUGCGCUCCUCCGGCAGCAGGCUCCUGGUCAUUCCCAAAAACAAGUGAAACAUAAAUCUGAUAAGAACCUGGGCGUCGGCUCCCAGAAGCUCGUAACAAGUUUUUCAGAGAAGUGUGAGGCUAAAGUUCAGCCCAAAGUUCACAUGUACAAACCCGUCCUGGAGCCGAUCGAGCCCAUCACCAUCGUCCCUCACAUUCCCGCCGCCGUCGUCUCCGGGCCUGUGCCGACGUGA